AUGAUGAAGCAUCAAGAAAAAAUCAAUGAAAAGGAAGAAAAUAUUAGAGACGAAGAUAAACCUUCUACAUCUGGUAGAGUAAUAAAUCAUCGUCAGACACCUUCAACAACCCCUUCCAUAUCAAAAACAUCUGUAUCAAAUUCAUCAUAUGCUUUUAUUCUUCCGAAUCUUGAUUCAUUUAUUCCUGAAUUUAAGUUAUUUUUAGAAAAAGAAAUGAUAGAGUUGUCUGUUUUACGUCGACUAGAAUCAUCGGGGCACCUUAAUUGGUGGUGUACGAUGGACUCCACAAAAUCACAAAAAUUAUUUCCACUUUUGACAACUGGUGAUGGAAAUUGUUUGAUGCAUGCAAUUUCACUUGGAAUUUGGGGUGUUCAUGAUUCACAGUUAGCAUUAAGAAAUGCUGUCUGGAAUUUGUUGACGAAUAGUAAAAAAAAAGACAAUUUAAAAAGGCGUUGGAGAUGGAGUGAAGAAAAAAAUAACAAACAAAGUGGUUUGAUUUUUAGUGAAGAAGAAUGGGGAAAAGAAUGGAAUGAAAUAUUAGAAAUAGCAAGUUGUAAGACAAAACGAAGUAAAGAAGAAAGUAAAGAAAAAGUUAGUGAAUCAACAGAAUCAAUUGAUAAAGAUUCUGUCUCAUCGACGAAUACCAUUCCACCGUUGUCGGAUGACAUUAUAUAUGAAUCAUUAGAAACAAUUCAUGUUUAUGCAUUAGCUAAUGUUUUAAGGCGUCCAAUAAUUGUUGUUGCUGAUACUAUUCUUAGAAAUGCUGCUGGUGAAGAAUUAUCACCAAUCAAUUUUGGGGGAAUAUACCUUCCUUUAGAAUGGCCUGCAUCAAUGUGUCACAGAUCUCCAUUAGUACUUUGUUAUGACUCAUCACAUUUUUCACCACUAGUAGCUAUGAAACAACCAACAUCUUUCAAUACAUGCCUCCAAGCAAUUCCUAUAACUGAUAAAAAUAGAAAUUUAUUACCUGUUCAUUUUUCUGUUGAUCCUGGAAGUAAUUAUAAUUGGUCUAAUAAUCCUACAGAUAUUGAUAUAAGAAAUAAAAUUGAAAAUGAACAAACAAUUGAAAAUCAAAUAUCAUUAAUUGGUGAAUAUAUGGAUAUUGUUAGGAUGGAUUUAAAAAAAGGAAGUAAGAAAAAAAGUGUACCAAUAAAAACUGGAAAUGUUACAGUUCCUGAAAAACUUUUAACAUUAGCUGCUGGUUCUACUCAUUCUAACUAUGAAUUAAAAUCAUCACAUACAAAAGAUAACUCUCCUUCAAUAGAACAAUCAAAAAAUUCAAGAAUUUUUAAAGAAAUUGUUCAUCAUUUUAUAAAAUUUAAAAAUUUUAGCAUGAUAAAACAUAAAAAAUCAAAGUCAUUAAAUGAUUUUGAAAGAAAAUCAUUAAAAGUUAAAGCUUCUGAACUUAGACAAUCUAAUUGUGUAUUAACUGUAUUAUUACAUAACUAUGUUCAUCAACACACAGAUUAUAUGGUUAAAAUGUAUAUAAGAAAUGCCAAAGAAAGAUUUGAUGCCUAUAGAAAAUCAUUGUACAAUAAUUUUACAGAAAAUGGACCACCUCCAAAAGCACAUACUUUACCUAGAUCUAGAAUAUCAAGAUCAUUUUCUUUUGCCAAUGCUACAGUUUCUUGUAUUAAUGCUGAUUGUCAAAAAAAUGCCACACCAGCUCUAUAUUUUUUGUGUAAUGAUUGUUUUGAUAGGCAAAAAAAAGAGAUGAUGGAGGAUAAUUGUGAAUUAGAGGGUGAAAAUACAUUAUUACAAAAAUUUGAUAAAAAAAAUUUAUCAUAUAAAUGUAAUGGUGUAAUGACAGGUACUGAAAAUGAAAGUAUAUCAGAGGAUGAAAAAUUUGACAAUGAAAUAGAAUAUAUUACAAGUCCCACUCAACAUUGUAUAUCAGGUCAUUCAUUAAUUUCACAAACUUAUCUUCAUAAACAUCUUAAAAAUUGUCAUGAAGAAGGUAAUCAGGGGCAUUCUCAUGGUGGAUGGUCAGCAACAAAAAUAUCACCAACAUCAUAUACUGGAGUUGGUUCUUAUUGA